AUAAAGAAAGGUAAAAUAAUAACUGAAAGGGGUGGCCUUGGCCUAUAAAGAUUGUAUAGAUUGUACCCCCUUUGUACGGACCUGAUUUUAUUCGGGGGUGUUAGGGACCGCUUUCCAGCGGAACUGUGUACGGACCUGAUAUUGUAUUGGGGCGUCAGGGACCCCGAUGCAUUGGUAGCGUUCUUUGCAUAUCGACCUAAUAUCAUUUUGGGGUGUCAGGGACCCCGAAGCGCCGGAGACGCUUUCUGCAUACUGACGAUAUGGCAUCUGGGGUGCCAGGGACCCCGACGCAUUGGUAGCACAGUAAUAUCUUGGGAUGUCAGGGACCCCAGAGUAUCGGUAACGCUCCCUGCAUAUCGACAUGGCAUCUGGGGCGUCAGGGACCCCGAGGCGCCGGCGACGUUCUUUGCAUACCGACAUUAUGGUAUUUGGGGUGUCAGGGACCCCGAAGCGCCGAUAACGGGUUUCUGUAUACCGACGUUAUGGCAGCUGGGGUGCCAGGGACCCCGAAGCACCAGUGGCGCUCCCUGCAUACUGACAUUGUGGCAUAUGGGGUGUCAGGGACCCCGAAGCACAGGUAGCGCUUUCUGCAUGGCAUCUGGGGUGUCAGGGACCCCGCAGAUAAAAUGUGCGACCCAUGAACUUUCUAUAGAAAAAUCGAAACUUCUGCAACUUUUGACUCUGACCACUCAGACGCACAAAUGCAACGGUACUGAGCUAGUUUCAGCGAGACCUCUCUAAAGACGUAUAAAGCGUAUCUCUGAUAUCCGCACAUUAAUAAAAAAGUAAAAAAUAGGGUUAUAAAUUAACGCCACUUUUUUUAGGGAAGCCUGCUGUACUUUUUACGAUAUGUUUAUUUUAGAAAUAAAAAUAAAGUACUUAAUUGAAAUGAUAAUAAACAUAACGUGUUUAAUAGCCACGAUAUGAAGAUAUCCCAUGUAUAUUACUGUAAUCUUUAUAAAUUAAUAUGAAUGAACUUGAAACAAAAUUCAUCACUGAACCAGCUUCAUGGCUUUUAAUAGCCGAAACAUAAUUUUUCCAAGAUCAUAAUAAAUUAAAUUCACUACGGAAAAAUGUUUUCGUAUAUAAAAUUUGCAAGUAAUACAUAGCACAUUCGUCAAAAGUUGCAUAAAGAAUUAUGUCCUUAUUACCAUUAUUUGAUGAGAAUUUUCCUUCUUAUAUAAAAAGUUAUUAUGAAAGUACCGUUAAAGUACUUUGGUAUGAUCAAGAAUUUUCACAAAGUCGAUAUCCACCGGGACAAAAGAUUAGCAAAGCAUGUACCCUUAUUUGUCUUCUGGUUGCUCAAUUUAUAUCUAAAACAGAAUUAUUAAUAUUUGAUGUAGAAGGAUGCUCUCAAAUUAUUGAUAUUAUAGCUCAAGCUAUGAUAGAGGGUAAUGCCAUCCAUACAUGGAGUAUUAAAGAAGGAUUAAUUUCCCAUCCAUAUCUUAGUACAGAGGAAGCACUGAGACUUGGAGGCAGAGACUUAAGUUUAUUAACAGAAUGGACAUUUCAAGUAUUUUACGAAAGAAUUGAAAUAGGUUUAUAUCAAAAUAUAAGUAGCUUUUUGCACAAUUGGUACAGGAUAGCAAAAUCUAAGAAUUUAUUCAUGCUUCUCAUUACCUGCGGGCGUACAGUAUUAUUUAUAUUUCAAGAAGAAACAUAUAAGGUAACUUUCUUUGACUCCCAUAGUCAUAAUACAAUUACAAAUUCAAGACGUGGAUUAGUCAUUGCACAGGCAAGUAUAGACCAGUUGGAACUUUUAUGUGAUUGGUACAUUGAAGAUAUAUUAAAUAAAUGUGAUGAUGUUGAAGCAGAUCAAUAUGAAUUAGCAUUUUUAUAUCCGAAUAAUGCAUCAUGCUGUGGCUGUAAUUCUUUAUGCAACUGUGGCAACUGUUGCAAAAAACAUAAAUAAAAUGAUUUAAUAUUUUAUAUUCACAUAUGUAAAUAUCUUAAAAAUUAUAUAAAUAUACUAAACAAACAAAAAAUUGCAAAACAUUAAAUAUAUAAUUGA